AUGUCCAGCUUGGUGAGCUUCGAAACAUCCAACCCGGAUGCAAUGCAUCAUGAAAAAUUCCUAGGUGAACUCGGUUACAAUCCGGCUACAAUGCUGCUGCAGCUUAACCAACCGUGCGAUCAAUUGAUCAAAUAUUGCUAUUGGCUGGGGGCCGAAGUUCCUUGUUCCAAAUAUUUUCAAGUCACCAAAACUCACGUUGGAUUCUGCUGCUCCUUCAAUGCGGACAAAUCCAUGUACGUUGGGCAGAAAGCCAGUUCCCGAAAUACUGGUCCAGUGAAUAUUCGCCUGUCGGGAGCUGGAAAGCACGUUGGCCUCUCCGUAACGGUGGACAUUCAACCGGAGAACUAUAUGGCGCCGACUAAAUCAUUUUACGGAGCAGAAGUGUUUGUGCAUAACCCACAGGACUUCCCAGCGGAUUCAGAUUUUGAGGACACUUUACAACCUGGAUGGGAUGUGGAUUUUUGCGUUACACCCACACCAAUCGGUAGUAGUAGUUCGUUAAGUCGAGUGCCCUUGGAGCAGAGGAAGUGUUUUAUGGAUAACGAAGGCAAACUGCAAUCGAACAGUCAGUUCAGUUUGAAUCUUUGUAUGUCGGAAUGUCGGUUAAGAACGAUCAUUCGGCUAUGCAAGUGUGUUCCAUUCUUCUAUGCCGAUUUCAAUAUAACCGAGGCGGAGAAUGUACAACUAUGCACUUUACACAGUGUCGACUGCUUGAGACAUUUCAGAAAAUUCUUUUACAGCCUACGACCACCACCUGGAGUUUCUGAAGGACACGCAAACUUCAAUCUCGGUAUGGAUUGCGACUGUAUGCCUUCCUGCAGAUUUUUGAAUUACAACGUACAAAGCAUUUCAAGCAAACGGCAACCAGGAGCACUAAAUUCAUCCUAUUUUGGUGGUCGUAAUGUAACAAACUACGCAACUUUACACGUGCACUUCAAGGACCUGUACUGUGUGAAAUACCGUCGUGAAGCAUUCAUGACGUGGGAUUCACUGUUGGCUGCCUUCGGGGGUAUUUUUGGUCUCUGUAUGGGGGGAUCGGUGCUUAGUAUCGUGGAACUAUUCUACUAUUUUACUGUAAAACCAUGCACACUCUACAAACUGAGAAUUCGUGAGAGGCAACUAAUAGGACCAACGAACAGAACGGCGUUCUGUCGGCGAAAGCAAGCCGCGUUUCGGAUUUUUAGGCCGCAACGUUUUCCGAUUGGAUACUUUCAACGGAAGAACGUAAUCUUACGUGAAGGAAUGUAUGGAAAAAACCGACAAAAUAUCAGCACUAUCCAGCAGCUUCAGCGACAGAAACCACUGACCGUUUCGGUUUUCGAGGGCGAACGUCAUCGAAAUGAACUACAAUUGGACUUUAUAUAUUAA